AUGAGUUUAUGGUAUUUUACAAAGCAUGAUUUUUGUACACUAGACAUGCAUAUUAACGAUGAAGAUAUUUUGGAUAUAUAUACGGAGUGGUUACCGGAAAAAACAACGACUGAAAGAAUAAAUUCUGAUCGAUGUUUAAAACCAGAAAAUGGGAAACAUUUAUGUUAUUGUGGUAGCAAAGGCUUGAUUUAUGAUCGUUUACUUGGAGAAAUUUGUUAUAAUGGACAAAUUGAUAAAAGAAUUCAACAAUCUGUUCUUCGUUCGGUUGUUUCAUCGAUUUCUCGAUCAACGCGUGAAGAUAAUCCCAAUGCUCGUUCUAUUGUACUUCGAAAACAAAAUGGUGAAGGUUAUGUUCCAUUGAAAAAUAUUUCUGCUGAAGCUAAUAUUCAUUGGUUUGCUGCUGAUGUUACUUUAACACAAAUUUAUUUCAAUGAAGAAAGCAAUUCUAUUGAAGCAGUUUAUGUGUUUCCUAUCGAAGAAAGUGCAGCAAUUUAUGAAUUCACGGCACAAAUUGAUGAUCGAACAAUCCGAGCUGUUCUGAAAGAAAAAGAAAUGGCUCGUCAAGAAUACAAUCAAGCAAUGAGAGACGGAAAAACCGCUGUAUUACUUGAACAAAGUCACGAAACUUAUGAUACGUUUCAAAUAAACGUUGGCCAUGUUCCACCUGGCAAAGAAUGUAUCGUUAAAAUUCGUUAUGUAACUGAAUUAGACUUAAUCGAUGGGAAAUUCAUUCGUUUUGUUAUUCCUACAACAAUUUCUCCGCGAUAUAAUCCAAAAUUAGGUAGUCUACAGUCUCCGAAUGGUCAAAGAGCACGUUAUGUUCAAAAUACACCGUAUUCUAUGUUCUUUCGAGUGACAAUCGAUCGUAGUGAACAAAAUAAAAUUCAAUAUAUAGCGAAUCUCUCACAUCCUGUCAAUGUUAGUGUAUCAAAUCGAAUGAUUGAAGUUACGUCCGAAGGUAUUGCACUCGAUCGAGAUAUUAUUUUAGAUAUUGAUUUACCAUCAAAUCGACCUGCAGUUCUUUUCGCUGUUGAACAAUGUGGACAAAAAUCACAUCAAUAUGCUAUUCUUACAGCAUUAACACCGAAUUCUGAAUAUAUUUCGAAUAAAACUCACGAUAAAAAGCAAGAGAUAAAGACACUGAAUGAAUUUAUCUUUAUUGUUGAUUGUUCGGGGUCGAUGAAUGAUGAACAAAAGAUUGAUCUCGCUCGACAAGCGAUGCUUCUCUUUCUUCGUGGUCUUCCUGUCGAUUCUUAUUUCAAUAUAAUUCGCUAUGGAUCGACUUAUCAUCCGCUUUUUCCAAAUAAAACAAUAUCUAGUGUUUAUAAUCAAACAACAGUAGAACAAGCAGAAAAGCUAAUACAAUCGAUGGCAGCAGAUUUAGGUGGAACUGAAUUAUUGGAACCAUUAAAAUACUUAAAAAAUCAUCCACCAGAUAAUGACCGAUUCCGAAAUAUAUUUCUGCUAACUGAUGGUGAAGUUUCAAACACAAAUGAAAUCAUUGCUCUGUGUGCUUCGAUGUCUUCAACAACGCGCAUUUUUUCGUUCGGUCUCGGCUAUUCACCUUCUCGUGCAUUAGUUAAAGCCCUUGCUCAAGCGACAAAAGGCACCUAUGUAUUUGUUCCUCCAAACUCUGCCGUAGAUCAAUACGUAGCAAUUCAACUUCGUCACGCACUUUCAAAUUCAUUUUCUAAGGUUCACUUUCAAUGGCAUGGAUUAUCAACAACACCUAUUCAAUCACCACAAAUUAUUCCACCGGUAUAUGCAAAUGAUCGUGUUCUUAUUUACACUUUACUUGCAAACAGUGAUCGUAUUCGUAAAGAGACGCAAGUAGACCUUAUAAUCAAUGAUAAUCAAGGUGAAAAAAUAGAUGUAACAAUAAGUGACAUGAUAUAUGAAAUGAAUACCAUACAUCGAUUAGCUGCAAAAUCUUUGAUUAAAGAAUUAUUAUAUGGGCAUGCUAAUCAAAAUCAUCAUAAUAGAAAAAAAGUUGAACAGCAAAUCAUUAAACUGUCAUUAAGGCAUCAGAUUUUAUCACCAUUCACAGCAUUUGUUGGUAUUGAAGAAAACAAACUGAUACAAAAUAAUCAGGUUUCUAAUACUCGAUAUGUACCUAUUCAAAUAUCAAGAGGUGAUGAACAUUUGUUGGAUUAUUCAUCUGCACAAUCUGUUCAACAAGGUGGAUUCCUAAAAAAUAUCAUGCGCAUAGGAACUUAUCCUGUGCAAAGCUUCACAGCAGAGCAACAUGUGGUGCUGAGCAAAUCAGCUGUUAAAAGAGCCAGGAAAAUUUUCGAACAGAAUGUCACAUCUACAACUAAGAAUUCAUCUUUGACUAGAAAUUCUGUUCAAUGGUUAAUUGAACAUCAAUCAUACAAUGGAAUGUGGAUAUUAAAUGACGAUGAUAUAAAACAAUUAACAAAAGGAAAAUCGUGGAUCGAAUUUCAAUCAACAAUUACCCAUAAUAAAGAUAUUAUAACAACAAGUCUUGUCAUUGCUUUACUUGAAUCAAAAUAUGCUGAUCAACUUAAUCUUUGGAUUCUUUUAACAGAAAAAGCACGAAAUCAAAUGAUCAAUUUAGGAUUGAAUAAAGAUAAUAUUAAUUCACUUAUUCAACAAAUUAAAGAUAAAUUCUAA